AGGAAGGCAAUGGCCGUGCUGAGAGAGAGGCUUCUCCUGGAGGUAACCCCUGUGAUGGUACCCGAGACAAAGGCCAAGGUGACAGUUGUGGGCGUUGGCCAGGUUGGCAUGGCCUGUGCUUUCAGUAUCUUGCAGUUGAGUAUUGCAGAUGAUGUCACCCUCAUUGACACAAUGGAGGACAAACUGAGAGGGGAGGUCCUGGAUCUGCAGCAUGGCAGUCUCUUUCUGAAGACCGCCAAGAUACGAGCAGCAAAAGACUACUCAGAGACUGCCAACUCCAAGCUGUGCAUCAUCACGGCGGGGGUGCGUCAGCGGGAGGGGGAAAGCCGUUUGGAUCUGGUCCACAGGAAUGUGGAGGUGUUCAAACAGAUCGUUCCGCAGCUGGCCCGGCACAGCCCCGAUGCCGUUCUGCUCGUGGUGUCCAAUCCAGUGGACAUCCUGACCUAUGUGGCCUGGAAGCUGAGUGGGUUUCCCCGGGAGCGGGUCAUUGGCAGCGGUACCAACCUGGACUCGGCACGUUUCCGCUUCCUGCUGGCAGAGAAGCUCAAGAUAAGCCCCAGCAGUGUGCACGGCCACAUCAUAGGAGAACACGGGGACUCCAGUGUGGCGGUGUGGAGUGGGGCCAAUGUGGCCGGGGUGCGUCUGCAGUCCUUAGGUCCUGACACCAAGGCACAGCAAGACUCAGAGGGUUUGCUGGAGAUACACCGGAAAGUAGUGGACAGUGCAUAUGAGGUCAUCAGACUGAAGGGCUAUACUUCCUGGGCUAUCGGGCUGAGUGUGUCCAACCUUGCACAGUCCAUCCUGAAGAACCUCAGGACGGUCCAGGCAGUGUCCACCCUGGUCCAGGGUCUCCAUGGGAUCAGUGAGGAAGUGUUCCUGAGUUUGCCCUGUGUGCUGGGCUCAGCUGGGGUGUGUGGCGUGCUCAACCAGCCCUUGAAAGAAGCGGAGACCCAGCGUCUGCAGCGCAGCGCCCAAACCCUCUGGAACGUUCAGAGGAAGCUGACCCUCUGACCGCCAGGAUGAGGACCAAGGCAGAGAAUAGAAUGGGUCACAUGUGAUAAGCACAUGACAUUGCUGAAUAUAGCAACGAGCAGAACAUUGUGAACCGUUAAUACUACAUUUGGUGCUCUACUUGGUUUUAUACUGUUUGAAUUUUUGGAAAAUUUUUUUUAAAUUAGCAUAAAUGAUUAGUAUAGCUAAACUUAGUACCAUUACACUAUUUGUGGUUUUAGUCUGUGGCAUUGUAUAACAUGCAGAUGUUAGUGUAAUUAAAUACACUUCACAUAGAUAUAUGCAAUGAACAACAGAGGUAAUUACUUCUUUAAUAAAACUAUACAGUCCAAGCACACCGGAUUUUGAUUUUGUUGAUCACUAAGAAUUAAAAUAAUGUUAAAUUUGAAAUAUGUUGUAAACUAUAGCUGCUUUGAAUCUAUAAUCGUAAUCAUAGUGCGAUGUCGUAUGUUUCACUUUCAGUGUCAAUGUGUUAUUGAGAUGAUUAAUUCUAUAUCGUUACAUUUGACCGAUGUUGCGAUGAAGGUUUGAGGUUGGAAGAGGACUAUAGAUACUAGGCCCUAAUGUUAAGCUGGAAACUUAAACGUGUAACUGCUACAGCGUUUUAGAUUUGCUCUACAGUUUCAUCACCAGGUUUUGUGUUGCACAAAAGAGUGAAAUGACCGAGUGGCAUUUCCCGGACUGAUCGCACCCUCGGUGCUGUGCCGGGACUGUCGGAUCAGCGUGUUGCUAAGUGUCACCCAGCUCGCUUACAUGGCUCUCGUGUUGUGCUGUACGUGAGAUACUUGCCUGAUAUCUCUUCUCUUGUGAGUAAUAAAAUAAUAAAGGUACCCUAA